UUGUGCGAGGAAUUGUAGGAUUGGCUCACAUUCAUUACUUUAAUUACAAACCCACCCCUUCCCCCUUUCAACACAUUUCUAGGGUUUUCGCUCUUUCAAUAUUUUUCAAGUUUCGAUUCACCCUAAUUGAUGUCGCGAAUAGUAUCCAUGUUUAGUGUUUAGCCGAUAAAUCUCUUUAUAUCCAGUUGUUUUCGUACGUUACAGAGCCCUGAUUUUUGAAAUUCUUGAUAUGUUUGCUGUUGGGAAUGUGUUCCCUUAGAUGGAUUUCGCGUUUCUAGAGCUCAGAAGUUGCAGAUUCCACCAAUGGGUGCCUUAACCAGUAAUCGCAAGCGUGGUGACGAGUUCUUCACGGUGAAUCAACCGCCUCUGGAUUACAAUUCUUAUGAUUUUCAUCAAUCGAAGAAGCCUAGAUUAUCUUCUGCGCUACAGAGUCCAGGACAACCUGUUGUUUCGUCUAAUACAACGGCGUCGAGGCUCUCGCGGUACCCGGACGCCAUAACUAAAAUCCGGAGAGAAGUUCAUGCCCCUUGUAGAGUACUCAAGUUCGGGUUGUCAAAGCGUUCGAGCCUGAUUUCGAGACAAGAAACUACUAAUAAUAGUUAUUUUGUUAACGCGAGAGACUCCAUGGGAGGCUUUUUGAGCAAGUAUAAUAAUGCGAAGGAGAGGGCUUUUGGUGUCUUACGGUAUCUUACAAAGAAUAAGGAAGUGAUUGAUGUGUAUAACGAGCCUGGAAAGGAAUUGAUCACGGAGGAUUCUAGUGUAGAAGAAGUUGAGGUUCUGGAAGAAGAUGGUGGAGGAUGGCGUUCAGUGGUAUCAGGACAAAGGACAGCAGAGGUGGUGGUUGGAGUUGGAGGCAAUACGAAGGGGAAGAUUAUGGAGGAGCCUUCGGUGGUGACAUAUUUGAGCAAUGGGAAUGCGAGUAUGAAGAAUCCGGAGAAGAUGUUGGAUUCUUUGUCUCUGGAUAGAGAGACUUUGGAUUUCUCCAGUGUUGAAACAUACAAGAAGUUGUUGGAGAGUACAGAGAGAAGGACAUCCAAGCUAAGGGCGUUGGAAUUUGAGAUUGAGUAUAAUGAAAAGAAACGGAGUUCCCUUCAAUCAUUGCGCCCUGUGAAGAAACCAGAGGAGAAGCCAAUUGAGGAGGUUCCUCUUGUACCUUUUAUCCCUUUGACGGAGGAGGAAGAGGAGCAGGUUGAACAUGCGUUCUUAGCCAAUAGAAGGAGGGUCUUGGUCAGUCAUGAGAAGUCAAAUAUUGAGAUUACCGGGCAAAUUUUAUGGUGUCUUAGACCAGGCGCCUGGUUGAAUGAUGAGGUCAUAAAUCUCUACCUUGAGUUGUUGAAAGAAAGGGAAACAAGAGAGCCAGAGAAGUUUUUGAGGUGUCAUUUUUUCAACACAUUCUUUUACAAAAAGGCGUGCAGCAGAAAAGUUGUUUUUAUCCAAAAUAGGUGUCCUGAGAUCAAACUAUGGAAAUUGCUUAUCUGCAAUGUACAGUUAGGCUGCAUACGUGUGGCCACCACUGAACUCACAGGGGGUGGCGAUAGCUGUUUGACCAAUAAUGUUUACAUUUUGUUUUACUUUUUCUGAUAAUUUCUCCGGUCGACUUCUGAUAUUCAAAUAGUUUUCUCUUUUGGCAACACAAUCACAAUCCGAUGUACUAGUUUAAAGGCCUUUUAACUUGCAUUCUUAAUUUCAUUGUAAUCUUAUGUUAUUCAAACGGUGCUCUCUUUUGCGGACAAAUUUCUUCUCGAUAUCUUAGUAGUGCUUCGUGAUAUAAACGACACUCUCCUUUGAUACUCAAUAUUUUGUUUCAAAUGACUAAAACAAUUCCUGUGCACAAGACUCCCGUAGUGGCGGGGUUAGGGACAUACAAAUGUAUGCAGUUCCCCCCGCAUAAUAUGAGGAGAGGUUGUUUAUGAGGUUUGAACUUGUUUCAAAUAAUUCUCCUUGGACACACUUCCAUUUUGGGAGUGUAUUCAUACUUGAUUUGAUAACACAUUUAUUCUCUCGUAUUUUAACCUAGCAGGAGAAAAGGAUGGUAAUAAUUGGUUUAUAAAUUCCAUUUUGUUUGCACAAAGUUUGUAGAGAAGCUUAUUGCUCCACAUUAUAUUAGUUUCUCUUCUUCUUUGAUCUAAUUAAUCUCCCUCGUUGUCAUUAUUUAAGUUCUUGGUUGUAGUACUCAACGUGUGUUUUACCUUGACAUUAAC